GCGCGGCCGGCGCCGCGGGGAGGCGGGGGAGCUGGGCCGGGUGCGCGCCUCCGCGGAGCAUUACGGCGCCCGGCUCUGCGGAGCGUUUCGGCGCCCGGCCCCGCGGCUCCGAGCAGCGGCAGCGCGGAGCCAUGGCCGAGCGCCGCGCCUUCGCACAGAAGAUCAGCAGAACUGUAGCUGCUGAAGUCAGGAAGCAGAUCUCAGGACAGUAUGGAGGGUCUCCUCAGCUUCUCAAAAACCUCAAUAUCGGAGGCAGCGUCUCUCAUCAUACAACUGUACCACUUACAGAAGCAGUAGACCCAGUUGAGUUGGAGGACUACCUUAUUACACACCCAAUUGCAGUGGAGUCUGGACCACUUAGAGACUUGCUUGAGUUUCCUCCUGAUGACAUUGAGGUUGUAUACACGCCCCGGGAGUGCCGGACACUUGUGUCUGCUGUGCCUGAAGAGAGUGAGAUGGACCCUCACGUGAGGGACUGCGUGAGAAGUUACACAGAAGACUGGGCAAUUGUGAAUAGAAAAUAUCACAAGCUAGGAACUGGAUUUAAUCCCAACACCUUAGACAAGCAGAAGGAGAGGCAAAAGGGGCUCCCCAAGCAGAUCUUUGAGUCUGACGAAGCUCCAGAUGGCAACACUUACCAGGAUGAACAAGAUGACCUUAAACGACGUUCAAUGUCGAUUGAUGACACUCCCCGGGGCAGCUGGGCAUGCAGUAUAUUUGAUCUGAAGAACUCCCUUCCAGAUGCCCUUCUCCCAAACCUGCUAGACCGAACCCCAAAUGAAGAGAUUGACCACCACAAUGAAGAUCAGAGGAAGUCCAAUAGGCAUAAGGAGCUUUUUGCACUACAUCCAGCACCAGAUGAGGAGGAGCCUAUAGAACGACUUAGUGUCCCAGAAGUACCCAAAGAACACUUUGGCCAAAGACUCCUGGUGAAGUGUUUGUCCCUUAAAUUUGAAAUAGAAAUUGAGCCCAUUUUUGCAAGUUUGGCUUUGUAUGAUGUUAAGGAAAAGAAAAAGAUUUCAGAAAAUUUCUACUUUGAUUUGAACUCUGAGCAAAUGAAGGGAAUGCUUCGUCCACACGUCCCACCUGCUGCUAUAUCCACACUGGCCAGAUCUGCCAUCUUUUCUAUCACUUAUCCGUCUCAAGAUGUCUUUCUGGUUAUAAAGCUGGAAAAAGUGUUACAACAGGGAGAUAUUGGGGAGUGUGCAGAGCCUUAUAUGAUUUUUAAAGAAUCUGAUGCAGCAAAGAAUAAGGAGAAGUUGGAAAAACUGAAAUGCCAGGCAGAACAGUUUUGCCAAAGACUAGGCAAAUAUCGAAUGCCUUUUGCCUGGACAGCCAUUCAUUUAAUGAACAUUGUGAGCAGUGCUGGAAGUUUGGAAAGAGAUUCCACAGAAGUAGAAGUUGGCACAGGAGAACGUAAAGGAUCGUGGUCGGAGAGGCGGAAUUCCAGUAUUGUUGGGAGGCGUUCGUUAGAGAGAACCACAAGUGGUGAUGAGGCUUGCAAUUUGACCAGUUUUAGACCAGCUACUCUGACAGUGACAAAUUUCUUUAAACAGGAGGGUGAUCGCCUGAGUGAUGAAGAUUUGUACAAGUUCCUUGCUGACAUGAGACGGCCUUCAUCAGUGUUACGGAGAUUGAGACCUAUCACAGCUCAAUUAAAGAUAGACAUAUCUCCAGCUCCAGAGAAUCCCCAUUACUGUCUAACUCCAGAGUUGCUGCAAGUCAAACUUUACCCAGACAGCAGAGUUAGACCUACAAGAGAAAUCCUAGAGUUUCCUGCCAGGGAUGUCUACGUUCCAAAUACCACAUACAGGAAUCUUCUUUAUGUCUAUCCUCAGAGCCUUAACUUUGCCAAUCGCCAAGGAUCCGCCAGGAAUAUCACUGUAAAAGUCCAGUUCAUGUAUGGAGAGGAUGCAAGCAAUGCCAUGCCGGUCAUCUUUGGCAAAUCUAGCUGUCCUGAAUUUUCCAAAGAAGCAUACACAGCUGUAGUAUAUCAUAACAGAUCGCCUGAUUUUCACGAGGAAAUCAAGAUUAAGCUUCCAGCCACUUUAACCGAUCACCACCACCUGCUUUUUACUUUCUACCAUGUCAGUUGCCAACAAAAACAAAACACUCCCCUGGAGACUCCAGUUGGAUACACCUGGAUACCAAUGCUUCAAAAUGGACGGUUAAAGACUGGUCAGUUCUGCCUACCUGUUUCAUUGGAAAAACCACCACAGGCUUAUUCAGUGCUUUCUCCAGAGGUUCCCCUUCCUGGAAUGAAAUGGGUGGAUAACCACAAAGGGGUUUUCAAUGUAGAAGUUGUUGCUGUAUCAUCCCUCCACACUCAGGACCCUUAUCUUGACAAGUUCUUUGCACUUGUCCAUGCUCUGGAUGAGCACAUGUUCCCUGUGCGAAUAGGAGACAUGAGAAUUAUGGAAAACAACUUGGAAAAUGAACUGAAGAGCAGUAUUUCAGCUUUAAAUUCCUCUCAACUGGAGCCAGUAGUGCGAUUUCUUCAUCUCCUGCUUGACAAACUGAUUCUUCUGGUAGUAAGACCUCCUGUCAUUGCAGGCCAAAUAGUUAACCUUGGCCAAGCAUCUUUUGAAGCAAUGGCAUCAAUCAUAAACAGACUUCACAAGAACUUGGAUGGAAACCAGGACCAGCAUGGCAGAAACAGUCUUCUUGCUUCCUAUAUUUAUUAUGUUUUUCGCCUACCAAAUACCUAUCCCAACUCACCAUCACCAGGUCCCGGUGGCUUAGGGGGAUCAGUGCACUAUGCCACCAUGGCUCGAUCUGCUGUCCGACCGGCAAGCCUUAACUUGAACCGCUCACGAAGCCUCAGCAACAGCAACCCAGAUAUAUCUGGGACCCCCACCUCGCCGGAUGAUGAAGUACGCUCGAUCAUUGGCAGUAAGGGUUUAGACCGCUCCAAUUCCUGGGUAAACACUGGUGGUCCAAAAGCAGCCCCAUGGGGAUCCAACCCCAGCCCAAGUGCAGAGUCAACACAGGCUACGGAUCGAAGUUGUAAUCGUAUGUCUUCGCACACUGAGACGUCAAGUUUCUUACAAACAUUAACAGGACGAUUACCAACUAAAAAGCUUUUUCACGAAGAGCUGGCCUUACAGUGGGUUGUGUGCAGCGGGAGCGUGCGGGAGGCAGCCCUACAGCAGGCCUGGUUCUUCUUCGAGCUGAUGGUGAAGAGUAUGGUGCAUCAUUUGUAUUUUGCUGACAAAAUGGAUGCGCCAAGGAAGAGUCGUUUUCCUGAGCGUUUCAUGGAUGAUGUAACUGCUUUGGUCAGCACAAUUGCCAGUGAUAUAGUCUCUCGGUUUCAGAAGGAUACAGAAAUGGUUGAAAGGCUUAACACCAGUCUUGCAUUUUUCCUCAAUGACCUGUUGUCUAUCAUGGACAGAGGAUUUGUUUUUGCUCUUAUUAAGACCUGCUACAAACAGGUGUCUUCAAAACUGUAUUCCUUAACAAAUCCAAGUAACCUGGCAUCUUUGAGGCUGGAUUUCCUUCGCAUCAUUUGCAGCCAUGAACACUAUGUCACCUUGAAUUUACCCUGCAGUUUGCUCACGCCGCCUGCAUCUCCAUCACCAUCGGUGUCUUCAGCAACUUCUCAGAGUUCUGGGUUCUCCACAAAUGUCCAAGACCAGAAGAUUGCAAAUAUGUUUGAAUUGUCUGUGCCUUUCCGCCAGCAGCAUUACUUGGCUGGGCUUGUAUUAACAGAACUGGCUGUCAUUUUAGAUCCUGAUGCAGAAGGUUUAUUUGGAUUGCAUAAGAAGGUCAUCAAUAUGGUACACAAUUUACUGUCCAGUCAUGACUCAGAUCCACGGUACGCCGACCCACAGGUAAAGGCCCGGGUGGCAAUGCUGUAUCUACCUCUGAUUGGCGUGAUCAUGGAAACCGUGCCUCAGCUUUAUGACUUUACAGAGAGUCACAAUCAGCGAGGGAGGCCAAGCUGUGUCGCUGUUGAUGAUUAUGAAAGUGAGGGUGGAAGCAUGAUAAGCCAGACAGUUGCCAUGGCCAUCGCAGGAACAUCGGUCCCUCAGCUCACCCGGCCCAGCAGUUUUCUACUCGCCUCAUCGAGUGGCAGGCAGCAUUCCACCUUCUCAGCAGAGUCCAGCCGCAGCCUUCUGAUCUGUCUCUUGUGGGUGCUCAAGAACGCAGAUGAAAGUGUCUUGCAGAAAUGGUUCACAGACUUGUCAGUGUUGCAGCUCAAUCGCCUGCUGGAUUUGCUUUAUCUUUGUGUGUCCUGCUUUGAAUACAAGGGCAAGAAAGUAUUUGAAAGAAUGAACAGUCUGACAUUCAAGAAGUCAAAAGAUAUGAGAGCCAAACUUGAAGAAGCAAUUUUGGGAAGCAUAGGGGCAAGGCAGGAAAUGGUCCGAAGAAGCAGAGGACAGCUAGAGAGAAGUCCUUCUGGGAGUGCAUUUGGAAGUCAAGAGAAUUUGAGAUGGAGAAAGGAUAUGACUCACUGGCGUCAAAACACAGAAAAGCUUGACAAAAGCCACAAACCAGCCAGAUCGAGGGCAGAGAUAGAACAUGAAGCACUUAUUGAUGGAAAUCUUGCAACAGAAGCAAAUCUGAUUAUUUUGGAUACACUUGAGAUAGUUGUACAGACUGUUUCUGUGACGGAAUCCAAAGAGAGUAUCCUCGGUGGGGUGCUGAAAGUGCUUCUGCACAGCAUGGCCUGCAAUCAAAGUGCACUUUACCUCCAGCACUGCUUCGCCACACAGAGGGCUUUGGUUUCAAAGUUCCCUGAGCUGCUAUUUGAAGAAGAGACUGAGCAGUGCGCAGAUCUGUGCCUGAGGCUCCUGAGACACUGUAGCAGCAGUAUCAGCACGAUACGGUCGCAUGCGAGUGCCUCUCUUUACCUUCUGAUGAGGCAAAACUUUGAGAUUGGGAAUAACUUUGCCAGAGUGAAAAUGCAGGUGACCAUGUCUCUCUCAUCCCUGGUGGGGACAUCCCAGAACUUCAAUGAGGAAUUUUUGCGGCGUUCCCUGAAGACUAUUUUAACGUAUGCUGAAGAAGAUCUGGAACUUAGGGAGACAACAUUUCCUGAUCAGGUCCAGGAUCUAGUGUUCAACCUCCACAUGAUCCUCUCUGACACAGUUAAAAUGAAGGAGCACCAGGAGGAUCCAGAAAUGCUGAUUGACCUGAUGUACAGGAUUGCAAAGGGCUAUCAGAAUUCCCCUGACCUGCGCCUGACCUGGCUGCAGAACAUGGCUGGAAAGCACUCCGAGAGGAGCAAUCAUGCCGAAUCAGCCCAAUGCCUGGUCCACUCUGCAGCCUUGGUGGCUGAAUAUCUAAGCAUGCUGGAAGACCGAAAAUACCUCCCUGUAGGGUGUGUUACAUUUCAGAACAUAUCUUCCAAUGUUUUGGAAGAGUCGGCAGUUUCUGAUGAUGUUGUAUCACCAGAUGAAGAAGGUAUCUGUUCUGGAAAGUAUUUUACGGAGGCUGGUCUGGUGGGAUUGCUGGAACAAGCUGCAGCAUCUUUCUCCAUGGCUGGCAUGUAUGAAGCAGUGAAUGAGGUUUACAAAGUCCUUAUUCCUAUUCAUGAAGCUAAUAGGGAUGCCAAGAAGCUAUCUACUAUUCAUGGUAAACUCCAAGAAGCAUUCAGCAAGAUUGUUCACCAGAGUACUGGCUGGGAGAGGAUGUUUGGCACCUACUUCCGGGUUGGUUUUUAUGGAACUAAAUUUGGAGACUUGGAUGAGCAAGAAUUUGUUUACAAGGAACCUGCGAUAACAAAGUUAGCUGAAAUUUCCCAUAGGCUCGAGGGAUUUUAUGGAGAACGGUUUGGUGAAGAUGUGCUUGAAGUGAUUAAGGACUCAAACCCUGUGGACAAAUGUAAACUAGAUCCUAACAAGGCCUACAUUCAGAUAACCUAUGUGGAGCCGUACUUUGACACAUACGAGAUGAAGGACAGGAUAACUUACUUCGACAAAAACUACAACUUGCGGCGUUUCAUGUACUGCACGCCCUUCACACUGGAUGGCCGAGCUCACGGGGAGCUGCAUGAGCAGUUCAAGCGCAAAACAAUCUUGACGACGUCCCACGCUUUCCCUUACAUUAAAACCAGAAUAAACGUCAUUCACAAAGAGGAGAUCAUUUUGACGCCCAUCGAAGUUGCCAUAGAGGACAUGCAGAAAAAAACACAAGAAUUAGCUUUUGCAACCCACCAAGACCCUGCGGACCCAAAGAUGCUGCAGAUGGUGCUGCAAGGAUCAGUAGGUACCACAGUAAAUCAGGGACCACUAGAAGUUGCACAAGUUUUCUUGUCUGAAAUACCCAAUGAUCCAAAGCUCUUCAGACAUCAUAACAAACUCCGGCUCUGUUUCAAAGAUUUCACGAAAAGAUGUGAAGAUGCUCUGCGCAAGAACAAGAGCCUGAUCGGUCCAGACCAAAAGGAGUAUCAGCGAGAACUUGAAAGGAAUUAUCAUCGGUUAAAGGAAGCUCUCCAGCCUUUGAUAAACAGAAAGAUCCCACAGUUGUAUAAGGCAGUGCUGCCGGUCACUUGCCACAGAGACUCCUUCAGCAGGAUGAGCCUUCGCAAAAUGGAUAUCUAAACAAGUAAAAACCAAAAUAAAAAAGCACUUAAAAUUAAGGUUUUGAAAAGAAAGAGCCUUGUUAUCAGCGCUGGGAAUCAAAGAAGUUUUAUUGUGAAAUAAAACUUGGACUUCAUCCUGGACAUCCCACACACCUCUUCCUCCAUCAAAGUGUUCAGUGGCCAAAAAUCAUUUUGAAUUGUCAAAUGUAGACUUAUCGAUGUUUGAGAAGAAAUCAUGACAGUGGUAUCCAGAGUAUUGGUGAUGAGCUGUAAACUUACCUGUUUUUUAAGGCAUUUUUAUGACUCCAAGGUACACUAAACGCAUUUACCCUUAUUUAUAGCAUUACCUAAUGUUAAAUUUAUUUACUUUUAGUUCAUAUAUUUAAUUUAUAUUAGGACCAUACACAAAUGCAUUUUUGAAGUUUUUAAUGUAGUGAUGAUGGUUAUUUUGAUGGUACUAUUAAAUAUGUGAAUGUUUACACUUUAAUUCCCUGUGCAUUGGACUUCAGAGCUCACCAUCCUUGGGAAAAAGGUUCAGAGAAAGGUAAGUUGCAGUAACACUUCUUAACCAAGUGUUAAGUGUUUUUAUUAUCACUGUCCUUUUUCCUUUGUAACGCUACAUAUGAAUUGCUGCAAAGAAAAGUAAUUCCAUCUCUAGCCAUCAGAAGGGACAUCUUGUUAACAUUUUACCACCUUCGGUGCCAGUGAAGUAGAGUUUCAGCAUGACUUCUGUGUGCAUGUGGUUGUCUCCACCAGCUAGGAAGUCCAAACAGCACAGUAAUCUCCUCAUAAUUUGGAAUGUGCGAUUCAGCUUAGCAGUGUAAAUGCAACUAGGCUGCUUUUUUUGUCCCUUUUUCUAUUGAAAAACUAAUUCCACCGGGGAAAAGAACAUAAAGUGAUUUCACCGUUUAAGUUUAAAGCUUACGUAGAAAACAUAGUUUGCAUUGUUGUUUAUGUAAAGAAAAACAUCUGUUUUACAGCAGUUAUCUUGGUGACUAACACAGCUCUUCAAGGAAACGUCAGAACUGGAGCUGAGUACACUACUCUUAAAUCUAGCCCUUUGUAUUUUUCCUCCCUUGGAAGAGGUGGUAUGUGAUUAAACACAAGCUUAUCUUCUGGAUAUAAAUACCUAAAUAUGCAUACAUAUACAUAGAUACAUGUACAUAUAUAUAUACACACACACAUACACACACCAAUUUGAUACAUGUACUAUCAUAUUUAUAUAAAAAUAGAAGAAAAAAAAGGAGGUUAUGCAUAAGAUUUUAAGAUAGUAAACAAUUAUACAUCAUCCUUUCCAAUUUGUGAGUAUCUAACUUUUUGAAACCUAAGUAGUUCUUACCUUCGGUUCUAACAUGCACAUUCCUGUAUAGUAGAAGGUGCUGGGGUGUGUGUUUGGGGUUCACCCCCUUCUGUUUUAGCACCUGUAGCUGCAGCGAGUGCCCACCCUUCUGCAUCAGCAGGGAGGGCUUUAGGGUGUGGGGAAGGUUGCUUUUAUUCUCAAUACUUAUUUCAAGUUAUUUAGUGGCUGCCUCUCAGUGGGCUGGUAGCAGGAUGAUUGUACUCUUACUGCUGAGCAGGGCUGAAAAGGCGCGGUGUCUCGGAGCCCCCGUGGGCUGUAGGUUUGUGGCAGCCCUGGGGGGAUGGUACCUCGUGGGAUGGCACAGGGCAAGGGCCCCCAGGGCAUGCUGGCUGUGGCUAAGGGGUGUAUUGGGGAAGGGAGCACGGUACUGCCAAUUGCUGCUCCUUCUCCAGUGCUCUUUUGUUCCAACAGCUUCACAGCAGUGUUGUAUUUGGGUAACUGAAAUGCAGUGCUCUUUGCAGUGUGCCAGUCUCUGCCUGUUUGCCUUGAACACAAGUAAUCCUGACCUCGUGCCACGUCCCAGGUAGUAACGCAGGAAAGUCUGCCUGGAGCUUCUUGCAUAAAGGAAAACUACUCCUCUCCGAGUCUUUUUUUUUUUUGUGCCUCCAAGGCAUCUCAAGGGACUAUUGCAAAGUCCAGAGUUGUUAACAAGACCAUGGAAGCGAUGUGUUGCUUUUCCAACUCCAAUAUUGGAUAAUACUAAGGAAGGAGGGGGUAGCUUCGCAAGAGAUUUAUAUCAUAGUAUCAUCAUAGUAUACUAAGGGUUGGAAGGGACCUUAAAGAUCAUCUAGUUCUAACCCCCCCGCCAUGGGCAGGGACAUCCCACUAAAUCAUGCUGCCCAAGGCCCCAUCCAACCUGGCCUUGAACACCUCCAGAGAUGGGGCACCCACAGCCUCCCUGGGCAACCUGUGCCAGUGCCUCAACACUCUCAUAGUGAAGAAAUUCUUCUUAAUGUCCAGUCUAAAUCUGCCCCUCUCCAGUUUAUACCUGUUCCCCCUGGUCCUAUCCCCACAAGCCUUUACGAAUAGCCCCUCUCCAGCUUUCCUGUAGCACCCCCCCUCAGGUACUGGAAGGUCGCUAUAAGAUCUCCUCUGAGCCUUCUCCAGGCUGAACAACCCCAACUCUCUGAGCCUGUCCUUGUAGGGAAGGUGCUCCAGCACUCUGAUCAUCUUCGUGCCCUCCUCUGGACCUGUUCCAACAGCUCCAUAUCCUUCUUACUUUGAGGACUCAGUAUGGACACAGUAUUCUAGAUGAGGUCUCACAAUAGAGGUAUAGAGGGGCAGAAUCCCCUCCCUCACCCUGCUGGCCACACUUCUUUUGAUGCAGCCCAGGACACAGUUGGCCUUCUGGGCUGCGAGCACACAUUGACGGCUCAUGUUGAGCUUCUCAUCAACCAGCACCCCUGAGUCCUUCUCUGCAGGGCUGCUCUCAAGCACGUCAUCCCCCAUCCUGUACUGAAAACGGGGAUUGCCCCGACCCAGGUGCAGGACCUUACAUUUGGCCUUGUUGAACCUCGUGGGGCUCUCGUAUGAAGAGGCAUGCAAAAUAUUUACAAAUUGACAAAGGGGAAACAAAUCCCAAUGCCCAUGAAAGAAACCUGAAUUUACAGCCGUCUUUGGAUAUUGUUUCUUCAGCUAGGAAAGCAUCUAUUUUUAUCCAAAUCUUGAACAAAUACCCUUUGCAUCUACCAGAUGGCCCCAUGUCAGCAUGAACCCAACCAGCUUAUCAGUACAUCAGUACAGCUCAGCGAUGGUAAAACUCGAGUGUAAUAUGGAAAGUUUAGACUGGGCAGCAACGUUUUGUUUGCAGUUGCAGCAAACUGCAAGCCAUGUGCAACCGAGGACGUGAGGCCCUGAAUGGGUGACUUGUUCAGGAGGGGUGGCGAGCGCUUUCCUUUGGCAAGUCUCAAAAAAACCCCACCCUGUACCAUCUAUGCUUACGCCUGAGAAGUGUUUUUUCAUUCAGCAUAUUCCCGCCAAUUGUGUUUUCCAUUCUGCUGCCUACAAAGAAUGUUCCCCUCAAGCUGUGUAGUGUGAUGGAGGACAGCUGGGCCUUCCUUUGAUUACACUGCAGCCAGUGUUUUGAUGAAUGUAAUGUGUUUUAUUUCCUUGGAACACUUCCUGUUCUUGCAGUUGAGUGAAAAAGAUAAGUCCUGGGUCAAGUGUGGAAAAAUAAAUGUUCAUUUGGAGGCUAAAAUUCAGCAAACCAAAUACUGCAGGCAGUAAAAAAAGAAUAGCAUUCUGUGCUGUGAUUUGGCUGCCCUUGCAGAGUAAGAUUACUGGUGGGGUUUGGUGAUUUUUUUAACGUAGGUAAGUCUUGCUUUAGACUACAAAAUUAUUGCAGUGACCAUGCUUUGGACAAGGGAGGCUUCUCAGUGAAUGUGGAAUUCCAGUUAUUUCUCCUCUGUUGAAGAUACUAUUCCUACAGCCAUAGAUUCAGCAUGAGUUCAUAAGCAAUUCUAAAUUUAUAGUCCAGCCUUUCUCACACCAUUUCUAUUGAUGGGACAAAUUUCUAGAUCGAAACAUAUUUCAGUAAUAAAUCAUCACUGAGGAUACACUGCAAAAGUCAAGGCCUGUAGAAAAAUCAGAAGUUCAUAGUAACACAGAAAAUACACUAAAGGUAUUUUUCAUGAGUUACCUAUAGACAAGGUCCCACACAAGAAACCCAGAGAGUUUCAGGAACAGUAUAUCUAACAAAUUAAGAAAACCAACUCUACCCACCUUCCAGCAGUUCCCUUCUGAGCUCACAUGCAGCUGCAUCCGAUGCUGCCAAUGUUCAGAGCAGUUCCACAGAUUGUUUCCUGAAGGGCUGUUGAGAUUCUCCAUCGGUUUUGCUUUUGUACCUUCUACCGACAAAAUAUGGGUUCCUUUGAGCACGGACUGGAUCUUUGGGAAGAGGCAGCCAGGUCUGGCGAGUAGCAGGGAGAGCUCAAGUACGGUGAUGUUGUUAUUUGCUAAAAAACUGCUUCAUAGACAAAGCGGUGGGGGCUGGUGUGUCGUCUUGAUGUUAACAUUCAUUCUUUUACACCAACAUUUUCCAGCUGAGGGCAAGAGAAACGUCUCCAUUUGAACACACAUCCCCUUGUCCUCAGUGAAGCGAUUAAGUUGAGCCUUGUCUCCCUGUGACAGGUUUUAUAUCCACCUCUGUCUCCCUUCUCCCACUCUGGGUUUCUGAGCUACAGGGUUGGUGUGUGGUUUUAUGGUUUGGACCUCAUAUACAACAUUAUAAUAGGAGAUUGUAAAAAAACAAAGUACUUCCAAAUAAGUGUGAGAGAGGUUUUAGGGCUUUUCCUGUAAAUAAAUUCAUUUGUAUCGGAAAAAGUUUAAAUACAGCCAGAGACCUAGGGCGUGCUCUUAUCUUGUCUCUCUCCCCUUGCCUCUGCAGCAGCACUUUGUCAUCCACCCACGCUGACAGCAGAAAUAACACUCAUCCUAUUUUGUGUCAUAGUUUUAAGAUUUUAAUUGGAGUUUAUAGGAUUCACAUUAACAUUUUGGCAUUCAACAGAUGAUUUAGAAUUUCAAUGCCAAACAUUUCACUUGUUUUUACACUUACCUGUUUCCCUUUCCCGUUGCUUCUGAACCUUACCUCUAGUCAUCACAUGCCUUCAAAUUAGGAUGCGGUGUACAAUAAUCAGUUAUUUUUAAAGCACUUUAAGUCUUCCAUUUAUCUAAGAUAGAAUUUCCUAACCUUUUCGUAACAGUGCCCAACAACUCUUACUUUCCACUUCUCCCUCUCCGAAUACGAGUCAGAUGUAGUCAUCUCUGAUGCAUAUCAUAAUUUUUUUAUUUCUUAUAUACAUUCUUAACAAAGCAUCAAAGCCAAAUGCUUUUGUUUUCCCACACUGCAGUCGGCUCCAAGUACAAAGUAACUGUUAUAAGAUCACCACCGAGUUCCAAAUCCACCCAAACAGAUAUGCAGAUUAGAGGGCUUUACUCUUAGAAGUACAAAAUUAUUUUAAUUACACUACACCCCCCUGCUUUGAAGUAUUAAUCACACCUAUUUACACAUUGCCCAUUUAACACCUAUGCAACAAGAUGUAAAUUAGACCAUGAAAACAUUUCUAUAAGGUUCGGUUCCUCCCAAAACACUAAUCAAGGCUGUGAGACCCUUUUCUUGUGCUUAGAGUUGUGCUGAGCAGAAUAGAACUG